AUGUACACGAUCCGACCUCUCGAUACCGACGAACUUCGAAUUGGAAUAGAGUUCAUGAGGAGUACCUAUCCUUCCUCAUUGGUAGAACUUGCAGCAUUACCAGAGCAGGUCUCUUAUUUCCAAAACUUCGUUACUGAACUUUCUGGAGGGCUUUUCGAGGUCGCCUACUCUGAUGUCCCCAUCGGCCCGCUACGUGCUGAUCUGGAACAGUCACUCCACGUCAAGGAUUACUCGCAUUCGGUCAUGCGGCCUCGAGCUAUCGCCCGCGAAAACUUGAGGCGUCUAUUGGCUGACAAACACAACAAGGGCCCAGGUGUGCAAACGAGAUGGGUGGUUCAAGUAAUCCACGAAACCGUUCGAGACUAUUUGAUGAAAGAUGGCAUGUGUCACCUCCCCGGGAAGUCUUUAUCUGUUACAAUGGAUCUUCGCGUCGGGCACCUUCACCUUUAUCAAAUGUGUCGUCGUAUUCUAGCCACCGACGAGAUGAGUUGCGCUCUCUCAAAGGAGCAAUGCAGACUACUGCAUUUGUCUCAUCCUCCAAAUACUGUACAGCUAGGUAUGGACUGGCUGGGAACAACAAUCGCCGACUACGUGCUCGAAAACACCUUCUGGCACUUGCGAAGCUCCCAAUUCUUUGACUCGAAAGACCAGUGUGGGCUUCAAUGGGAGUUGCUCAGUCCCUCUCUGCAAUGCGAUGUGCUUCCGGAAGCUAUCAAGAAAACCGUCUUGAGAUGGGAAUGCAUUCGACCUGCGGCCAGCAAAUCGGAGGUCUAUGGCCAUUUCAGCUCUGAAGAUUCUCACCUUGAACCCACCAGGGAUCGAGACCUAGGCCCUGUCCUAGAAGCAACGGGUUUCAAGUUGGAAGAUUUUCAGGUCUGCGCGUCCGAUGGACAUGUGGCUCUCCUCGCCGUCUACCGCCGUUCCCUUUCUCAUCCCCGUUUGGGCUCCCCGCCAAUCAUUUCUGCCUCGCACACCAUGGCACCGUGGAUGAAGUGCGUCUCCUGCUCCAGGAUAUGCGCACACGGCCUCCAGCCGCGAUUUCUGGAGCAGGGCCACUCUUGA